ACAAUGGAUCGGCAAGUACUGUUGUUUAUCUGGGUCCUUUCUCUCAGUGCGGUGCUCGGCCAGAUCAGCUACUCGGUUCCGGAGGAGAUGGCCGAAGGUUCUGUCGUCGGUAACAUCGCACAAGAUCUAGGUUUAGAUGUGCAAAGGCUGACGUCACGCAAAGCGCGUGUCUACUCUGGCGACAGCAAAGAGUACGUCGAGCUGAAUAAAGGACGAGGAUUUCUCCUCGUCAGAGAGACAAUAGACAGGGAGGCGCUGUGCGGACAGACGACGCCCUGCGCUUUACAUUUACAAAUCAUUUUAGACGACCCCAUCGAGUUCUACAGCGUGACGGUCGAAAUAACAGACGUCAACGAUAACCCCCCCGCGUUUGAGAAAAGCCAAAUUAAAUUCAGAAUAAGCGAAUCUGCCGUCGUCGGGUCGAAAUUUGAUUUGGAGAGCGCUAUCGAUUUAGACGUGGGAAUUAAUGGUCUGCAGAGCUAUCUGCUGAAACCAACCGACAAUUUUGCUCUCAAAUUACACAAUCAGAUAGAUGGUUCAACGAGCGUUGAGAUGAUUUUGCAAAAACCCCUCGAUAGAGAACAAAAUGAACACAUUUCCCUCGUGCUGACUGCCGUAGAUGGCGGCGAUCCUCAGAUGACGGGAACGAUGCAGAUUAUGAUCACGGUUUUAGACGCAAAUGAUAACGCGCCGGUUUUUACGCAGCCCGUAUACAAAGCAGCGGUGGCAGAAAACUCCCCACCGGGCACUGUUGUUACCACAGUCAGCGCAGCUGAUGCCGAUCAGGGUCCCCAUGGACGUAUUCAGUAUUCGAUCAGAAAUACGUUAGGUGACGUCAGAAAUAUAUUUGAGAUAAAUGGGGAGAGCGGGGAGCUUAGAUUGGUAGGAAAUGUUGAUUUCGAAAAGGCACGAAAUUAUCAAGUUAAUUUACGCGCAAGUGACGACGGAGGAUUGACAGACUCGUGCAAAGUGAUUGUUGACGUUAUUGAUGUAAAUGACAACAAGCCAGUUAUUAACAUAAUGUCAAAGUCAAGCGUCAUAUCGGAAGAUAUCAAAACUGACACAGUUGUAACAAUAAUUAACGUUCAAGACCCAGACGCGGGUGAGAAUGGCAAAGUCCAGUGCGUCAUAAAUGAAAAUAUUCCCUUCCUGCUGAAAUCUACAUCCAACAGCUUCUAUAGCCUGGUGACAGACAGUGACCUGGACCGAGAGAGAGCCUCCGAGUAUAAUAUCAGUAUCACGUGUUGUGAUGAGGGAGUGCCCUCUCUCUCCAGCAGCGUCACUCUCACCUUACAUAUCUCAGAUGUGAAUGACAACGCGCCUGUCUUUGAGAGGAGCUCAUAUGAGGCCUACAUUGUAGAAAACAACACACCGGGUCUCUCCAUAUUCACAGUGAAAGCCACAGACGCUGACUGGAACCAGAAUGCCCGUGUCUCUUAUAUACUGGAGGACUCCUCGGUUAACGGAGUGCCCGUCUCCUCCUAUGUGUCCGUCAGUGCUGAUAGUGGAGUCAUCCAUGCAGUUCGCUCUUUUGACUACGAGCACAUCAAGGAUUUCCACUUCUGUGUUAAAGCGCAGGAUGGAGGCUCUCCUCCACUCAGUAGUAACGUGACUGUGAAAAUAACGAUCCAGGACCAGAACGACAACGCCCCUCAGGUUCUGUACCCAGUCCAGACCAGCAGCUCUGUGGUGGCUGAAAUGGUGCCUCGUUCAGCAGAUGUGGGCUAUCUGGUGACUAAAGUGGUGGCUGUUGAUGUGGACUCUGGACAGAAUGCCUGGCUCACCUAUAAGCUGCAGAAAGCCACAGACAGGGCACUGUUUGAAGUGGGCUUACAGAAUGGGGAAAUAAGGACUAUCCGCCAAGUCACUGAUAAAGAUGCUGUGAAACAAAGGCUGACUGUUGUAGUGGAGGACAACGGGCAGCCCUCUCGUUCAGCUACAGUCAAUGUUAACGUGGCGGUGGCGGACAGCUUUCCUGAAGUGCUCUCGGAGUUCACUGACUUUACACACGACAAGGAGUACAAUGACAACCUGACUUUUUACUUAGUCUUGGCUUUGGCUGUAGUGUCCUUUCUCUUCAUCACCUGUUUAGUGGUCAUCAUAUCAGUGAAGAUAUACAGAUGGAGACAGUCUCGCAUCCUCUAUCAUUCCAGUCUGCCGGUGAUUCCCUAUUAUCCACCACGUUACUCAGACACUUUGGGGACAGGGACUCUCCAGCACGUGUACAAUUACGAGGUGUGCAGGACGACUGACUCCAGAAAGAGUGACUGUAAGUUCGGCAGAGCCGGUAGUCAGAACGUGCUGAUAAUGGACCCCAGUUGUACAGGGACGAUGCAGCGGAUCCAGAAUGAAAAGAACAUCCUGGAUGAACCAGACUCUCCUGUAGAGGUUAGAAAUUUGAGACUUUGCAUUACUCCUAUCUUUCCAUUCUUUGGGCCGCUGUUGGCCAGUCUGUUGCAGUGUUAG